AUGGCUGAGACGUUGACGCCCUCGGUGGCGCUUUUCAACGAGUUGAUUGCGUCGAGCAAGAAUCUGCCCCACGCCGCCUCGCACCUGGGCUCAAUUCAGCUCGAUCUGAGCGAGAUCGGCAAGCGAGCAAACUCGUUGCGAGACAAACACUCGGAGGGAAACGACACAAAGGCACACUACCUGCUGGCGGGCAGCGGAAUCAACGCGGAGGACAUUUAUCUGCAGUUGUCGUCGCUGACGCUCAAUCCCGGGAUCGAGUACUACGACAAGAAUGUUGCGGGCAUCGACUCGUAUCUGCAGAACAAGAAGCAGGACAGCAUUCUGGCGGCCAUUGCAGACUCUGUACGACUGUCAGCGUCAGAUUUUGACCAGUUUCUCAACCAGAACGUGUCCCUCGACUGGGCCAAGCGCAAGGAGCAGAUCUGCCAGCACUUUGGCCUGAUCCAGAAGGACGACGACAAGAACAACCUCAACAACAACACAACCACCAACACAAACAACAAGCUGACAAAGACAGUCCUGGGGGGCACCUGGGGCGCCGCGAGUCUCGGAAAACUCAUCUUGGGCACUCCUGAGAUUGGCACUGCUACUCCACGACAACGGCAAUUCGCAAAGGCCAUUUCGGCGCUCAACAAUGCCCGAUCAAAGGGCCAGGCCUUCCCCGUGUCCGCAGCUCUUUCCACUGCAGCCGAUAACCUCUCUGACGCCAAAAGUCAGCAGCUCAACGAUGCAUGGGAUAUUCUGUCGUACAUCUCUGGAGAGUCGGUCGAGGCUCCUGCCAAAGAAGGAAUCUACAGAAAGAUGUACGCUGCUCCUCCCGGCAGCCCCGACGGACUCAAGGUGCGAAAACAGAUCUCCCAUGGUUCUAAAAUGUAUCUUGAGCAUCAGUUUUACGCCUGUGUCGAGGCCGAGAUUGCUAAGUCUCCCCAGGACGCUCUUUUGGGAGGCGUGCCAUCAGUCUACAACAAAAUCAAAGCUUACUUGAACGUGCGGUACUUCCGAGGAGGCCAAUGGACCAAGGAGAACAUGGAAAUUCUGAACGGAGUGCCCGUUUGGGCUGUUCUUUACUAUAUGGUUCGAUCUGGACAUCUUCAGGAGGCUCUCGACUUUACUCUUGAGAUUGAGUCGUCGCUCGAGAAGAUUGAACGUUCAUUCCCCGUCUAUCUCCAGGCAUAUGUCAAGUCUAAGGAUCACGUGCUGUCACGUGACAUGCAUGAUCGGAUCCUCACCGAGUUUAACCAGCACAUUCGGUUCCUCGAUGCUCAUUCCGAUCCUUUCAAGUUUGCUCUGUACAAGAUCAUUGGCCGAUGCGACUUGUCUCGAAAGGUCUUCCCCGAGGUUCUUGAGACUGCUGAGGACUGGCUGUGGGCCCAUCUUGUUGUUUCUCGAGAGACUGUGGACGGCCCUCUUCAGGAUCGAUACACUCUGUUGGACGUGCAGCGAACCGUGCUCAACUUUGGAUCCAAGCAUUUCAACCCCUCUGGUAAAUCUCCCGGUCUCUAUUUCCAAAUGCUCCUUCUAUGUGGUCUUUUUGAGGCUGCUGUCAGUUAUGCUCUUACCUUCUGUCCCGUUGAUGCUGUUCAUUAUGCCAUUGCUUUGGCUUACUAUGGGCUGUUGCGUGUCUCCAAGCCCGAAGAUACCGAGGACUCCGAUGGCUCAUAUCUUUCUGUGGACAAGAAGGACCAACAGGUUCUUCAUUUUGCUCGUCUGAUUGGACACUACACCCGGGACUUCCGACGAUCAGAUGCUGUUGAUGCUGUUGACUACCUUGUUCUGCUGUGUUUCUACCGAGAUCAAGAGGACGCUUGUCACGAGGCCCUGCGAGAGCUUGUGCUCGAGACUCGGCAGUUCUCUGUUCUUCUGGGUGACAUUAGAGCCGAUGGAGCUCGGUCUCCCGGUUGCAUUGAGCGUCGGUCCAAGCUCAUUGGUCUGGACAAGGACGACUUCCUCACUCAGAUCACUGCCCAGGCUGCUCUGCGUGCUGAGGACGACGGUCGGUUCGCUGACGCGAUUCUCCUUUAUCAGCUGUCUGAGCAGUACGACACUGUCGUGUCUAUCAUGAACCGAACUCUUGGUGACGCACUGAGCAUGAUGGACUUUGGAGACUCGAACGUGGAGCCUGCCCAGUCGCUUUCUCUGCUGUCCACCGCGACCAACCCCGCUCAGUUGGCCGCCACCAUGCGAGAACUAUACACUAACAACCCCCAGAUGUACUCGCAUGUGUCGCAGCGGAACCGAGAUACCUGCGAGAUUCUUCUGCAGAUUGUGUCUGCUCGGGAGUCGUACUCGCGUGGCCACUGGGCCCAUUGCAUUGCUGUGAUUGACAAUAUCAAUGUGAUCCCCAUCCACGUUACCGCCGACGUAGGCACCAUUCGUCGACGUGCUCAGGACUUUGUGUCUCUCCACGAGUCCACUGCUCGAAAUGUGCCCUCGUUGCUGCUCAUGACUAUGACGUGUUGUGCUGAGUUGGCCCAGAACAUCCAGGAGUCCGAGUUCAACGAUGCUACUCGGUGCGACCGGCUGGCCGAGCUCAAGGCCCGGUCUCGAAACUGUAUGAUUUACGCCGGCAUGAUCCAGUACCGAAUGCCUCGAGAGGUUUAUUCGCAGCUCACUGCUCUGGACACCAAUCUCAACAGUGUUAACAUGUAG